AUCAAGUUCAUGAUGAAGGAAAAAAGUAUAGUAGACAUUACGAUUUCGACGUAUCUUUAUUGCAUCUUGAGUUUGACAGCCAAAAAUGAGGGUUUCGUGGUUUUAAGGAAAAAGAUGGUCUGAAAAUCAAAUGAUAGAUAGAACGUUCCGCGUUGGCAAUUAGGGCCACCUUUUCAGUAACUAUUCAGUUGACAAGAAGAACAGGUGGCAUGUGAAUGUUCACUCUCAUAGGAAACGAAGUCGUACAUGAAGCAUAUGUUUGGUUAGAGGUGUUACGCUCCACUCCGAGUUGUCGCGUUUUUUUGUUUUUAACAUGAGCGAUUGGUACUGGAUGACAGCCUGGCUGCCUUCAUUACUAGCUGUUCUUGGAAAUGGUCUCGUUAUUUAUUUGGUUCUCUCACGUCCAAGACUUCGCUCCAUACAGAACAGGUUCACCUUGUCGCUUGCCAUAGCUGACUUUUGUGUUGGAGUUUGUUAUUAUCCAGGGCACGCAGUAUGCCAAUUUUUACUCAACUCGUGUAAUAAGGUUAUCAGAGAUGACAUUGCAGUGUUCAUGAUCUAUUCAUCUGUAUCGAACCUGUGCGCUAUGGCUUUGGACCGGUACAUCGCUAUAGUCCGACCUUUGCACUACAGGUCCCUAUUGACCACUAAACGCGCAAAACUAUUGGCCGCAGUAGCGUGGAUGAUUCCGUUGAUAGUCUACUUGAUUCCUUCUGUUUGUGCCAGCUUUGGCUUAUUUCACAUCAACUUCAAAAUAAGUGUAGUUAUUUGGACCACGAUCUUCGAAUUUUUUCCUUGCACGGCACUUUUUUUGACUACAUUGCAAGUAAUCGUGAUCUCGAGGAGACAUUGUCGCAGAGAUUCACAACGAAGUUUGAAAUGGCGUCGAAAUACAUGUUCGGCUUCAGUGAUAGGAACAGUUGUGACAGUUUUUCUUCUUUGCUAUGCCGUGGAGGUUUACAGUUCGUUUUGUUAUUUCACGUCGAUAUGCCAGCGAGAUGAGCAUAUAUAUAACGUAGUGCGCUUUCUCGUGAUAAUUAACUCGGCAGCGAAUCCUGUCGCUUAUGCGUUUUUGAAGAGAGACAUGAGAAGAGAACUCGAUUUGAUCAUCAGCAAGAGAUCUUUUAUCAAAACAAGGUCAAGACGCAGUAAUGAACGAUCGUCUGGUAUUUGACCUCUUGCAAUGCAUGUGAAAAGGCAAGAUGAGUUGCCGCGAUAUAGGAUUAAAGCAUUGAAUUUAUAUUCGGUUCGAAAUCACUGAUGGCCCUCUGAUGACUUUCAGAUAAGGAAAUAAGCACUAAAAGUUAUUGUUUAAGGUUUUUUUAAAUUUAUAUAAGGUCCCUUAAGAAUCUUAAAACAGAGUUACGAUUAUAAAAAAAAAAUAUUCGCUAUGUAGAGGGAGCACUAGUUCUCUUGUUUAAACUGAUUGUAAAAAUGUAUACAUGUACGUGUAAUGACAAGGUUUGGUUAGUGUGCAAUUUUCUUUUGACCAGUUCUUGUCAGAAUGAAUAGAAAACAGUGCCUCAUGAUAUGUUAUCUGUAAAUUUACAACAAGUAGAAAUCUGGUCUUUUUUCAUCAAUUUUUAAAGCAAUAAAAAACCUAAUUUUU